AUGAAUGUCCCCCCUCAGAAGCCGUUCCCUUCCGCCGCCCAGCGGCGCGUCCCACCUCCGUGGGUGCUUAAGUUCCCCGACACCUUUGCUUUCUGUGAGGUCGCAGAACUCACCGUGGUCUGGCGCAGUGCUGCCAUCUCCCCGCAGAGGAGUCCCCGAAGCAGAGGGACAGUUCCAACGAAGUUUGGGAGAUUCUCGCGGCGAUGCAGAGAUGCAGUGGGCUCCGCGGCUCAGCGGGCAGGAGGAAGAAUUGCCCGGACUCCGGGAGUGGGGGGCGGGGGGAUCCCCGCACUAACACCCGAGCCGCAACCUGGGAUCCCGGGCCCCACGGAGAAGUCGCGGCGUCUAGGGCGGGCCCCUCCCGGAAGGGGCCGUGGGGGUGGGCUGCCCGAGGCCCCGCCCCGGAGGCGGGAGCAGUCCGGGAGGGCGGGGUCCGGCCGGGCCCCCGGGGUUUGCGCGCCAGGUUCCCACUCGCGUGUGGUGCGGUCCGACCUGGAAGCGGUCGCGGCUGCCAGCGCCUCUCCAGCGCCCAGCGCCGCGGAAAAGCCGAGAGUCCUGUGGUCCAAGCGUGGCUGGUGCAGCCAAGGGGAGCUCUCCAGUCUCAGGGCUCCUCCCUGGGCCAAGCCCUCCAGAACACCAGCACUCCCGAAGACCAACAGCUAUUGGGGCCUCUACCUUCGUCAGCCGGCUCACACCCUGCUGGUGAACAUGGCUGCUGGGAAGGGUGCUGUGUGGAGCUCUUCGGCUGAAAACAGAUGGCGGCUUAGUGAAGCCGACCAGGGCAAGGGUUGCAAGCCAGUGCUGCUGGAGAAAACCAACCACCUGGACUCUGAGGCUGCCCCAGGCAGUGGGGGCCAGCAUGAGGCUUGUGCUGAACUGGUGCCAUCAGCCACCCCAGGCAGACUCAGACUGGGAAGGCCAACGUUGCAGAAGGUAUGCUGGGGACAGGGGCAAAGCGCCUUCACGGAGGUGCCUCGGCUCAACAAGAGGCUGGUGGGUGUGCAGGCCAAGGAAAGGGAGCAUGAUAACCCCGCAGGCCAGCGUGAUCCCCAGCAGCUGACCCAGGAUAUCCCCAGGGAUCCAGCUGGCAGCAAGGUCUUCUCUGUGUGGCCCAGCGAAGCCCGAGGGGAACAGAGAAGUGCCUUCAGCAAACCAGCCAGGUGUCCCACAGGGAGACCGGGGCCAACCUCUAUAUUCCAGGCAGGCGGACCGGCAGAUGUCCUUGGGGAGCUGUUGGGACUCAUCAACACGAUGGAUGUCCCUUGUUGGGGUCAAGUUUCAAAUUCUAAGUUUUUGGUAGGUGAUUUCUGGCACCUGCAAAUGUUGCCACAAAAUGCUCCUGUCUGGAGUGCUUUAGUGGGUGCCCCUACACUGUGGCAAAAGCAUGCCAUGGGCCAGAUGCCCAUGCCCUCAUCGUCCUCCUCCUCUGCCUCUUGGGCUCUGCUGCCACCCACGUUCACAUCCCUGGGCCUGUCCACCCAGAACUGGUGCGCAAAGUGCAACCUGUCCUUUCGCCUGACCUCUGACCUGGUCUUUCACAUGCGGUCCCACCACAAAAAGGAGCACGCAAGGCCUGACCUACAUUCUAAGAAGCUGAGAGAAGAAGCCCUCACAUGUCCCAUUUGCCAUGAAUACUUCCGGGAGCGCCACCACCUGUCUCGGCACAUGACUUCUCACAGUUAGUUAGUGUCUGUGGAGCAAACCUGUAGGGGAAGCUUCUAGGCUUUGGCAUGGAACCAGAGAUGGCUCACGGGUGUUUCCUUUGGAAAGGCUGGUCAGACUUGUCUGCAGGACCAUCUGCAUUGAGUUUGUAGACGAACAGCUUGGUCAUCAUUUGAAAAAGAGAAGUCCUUG